AUGCUUGGUUUUAUUUUUAGAGCAUCAACAAAUGAACGUGGUCAAACAGAUAUUGGUUCAUUGGAAGCAGUUUUACGAAAUGAGCGUACAACAAAAACGUAUAUUACAUUUUUGGCAUGUACAGAUGAUCCUGAUUCUGUAAAUUAUUUAUCAAGUUGGGAUGAAUCAAUGCCUAAUUUGGAUGUUAUUGAUGAUUAUCGUUCAGAAUGUCCUGAAAUUCAACGAAUACGUAGUGCGAAUUUUCCGUUUUCUUUUAGUGAUUAUAUUAUCAAAGCAUUAUUAGGUUCUAUAGAUCCUUGGUUUGAUUCCUUGGAUGAACGUGCCUAA